UGGUGAAUCAGGCAGCCAUGUUGUGGUACCAUGGAUUAAGGACUCGCCGCCUUCGAGAAACCCACAGGUAGCAGAGAGCUCGUACCGUCCCAAGAAUACUUCUAUGGUCGCUAUCGCCUAUAAGGAUAUCCUCUGUCAUCCCGCAAGAAAUUAUCUCCAGAACUUUGUACUACCCACAUCGCCGCAACAUCAGGUCUAAGAAAGCCAGCACACUCCUGAAAGUAAACAAAUUCGAAUGUCGCACUGCCGCCAGUUCAAGACUGUUUCAACGCCGCUUAACGAAAGCAAUGUCUCCCUCCACAAACUCCCUGGGACCGCUCCGUCCGUCUUCACUCAGCAUCUACCGAACGUACAAGCGCGAGACGUCGACUGUGAUCGGCUGGCUCACAUCCUUUGAGAAAACGGCUGACAACUCCAAGGAUGACCAGAACCCUAUACUGCGAGAGUUGACUGUACGGCAGAUCGCGGAUCGUGCUCGCAAGGCCGCAAGCAUAGGAAUUAGGCCACCGAAGGACAUCGAGGCGGCGUUCAAGAUGGUCAUCAUGAAUCGCAGCAGGUUGACUAAGCACUACAAGUCACUAUCGUCAUCUUCGUGAAGCAUUCAAGAAUCGACUGAAGGCCACAAGGUCUUCAACGAGACACUAGCUGAGGCUUACAGGUUACUCUUCCCGAAGCUGAAGUUGAAAAGAGGUAAGGCAAAGGUAAUACAGAAGGAGCCGCCGAUGCUUUCGUCUCAGAGC